GGUGCUUCACAGGUAAAUCGAAACCAAAAGAAGCAGUUCCUCCUCUGUUAAGAUCGCUGUAAACUUCUGUCUUAAUAAUCGGUCAGUUUGGGAUUCAGACCCCAGCAUGUCCAGCACAGUCAUACCCAUGAACUCUUCAACGCUCAUCAUCCAGCUUCAACCGCCAACACAAGCAGCACCUGUUGUGACGGGGACAAAUGCUCCUGUGCCUGUUUACGUACAACAGGUGGCGGGAGUGUCACCUCUUCGUGGACUUCAGGCGUUUCUGAAAGGCCAACCCAAAGCCCUUGGGACGGUUCAGAUAAUGAUCGGUGUGCUGACUUUCCUGUUUGGCAUUGUGUCUACAGUUUUUGCACAGUCCAUCUUUGUUAUUAUUGGUCUUCCUUACUGGGGAUCUAUCAUCUACAUUACAGCAGGCGCACUCUGCAUUUCUGCAGAAAAUAAAAUUAAUUCACCUUCCAGUUUGUGUCUGGUGAAUGCUUCACUUGGAAUGAACAUUUUCAGUACUUUAACCGCAGGCAUCGCCAUUAUUUUCACUUCACUGGAUCUGGCUUUAGGACCAAUGAACACUUACUGCAGCAGUUAUGACUGUUAUUAUUUAGAGACAAAGUAUAAGACUCUCUUCAGGGGAAUCAGUGGUGUAUUGUUGGUAUUCUCCUUGCUUGAGUUUAUCAUCUCCAUCUGUCUGUCAGCAUUUGCCUGUAAAGCUAGCUCCUGCUGUUGUCCUUCUCAGGUGCAGUUUGUCCCUCAAGUUCUACCUCCACAGCCCUCUGAUUUCAGGCCCAUUCAAUUUCAUGCUCUUAACAGCUCAGAGAUACCUGUGCCCAGCAGCUCUUCCAUUCAUCACCAGCCUGUAGAUGCUCCUCCACAAUACAGUGAAUUCAAAUAAAGAUGUUCCCUUAUGAAAAUAUAAUGCAAUACAUUAAUAUGAAUUUAAUACAUCUCCAUAUAUGGAAAAAUUAGUGCUUAUAUUUUUCAGUAUACUGCAAUAUAUUCAUGGAACAUGUAUGGCUACACAUAUAAUAUGCAUAUUAUAUACUGAUGCAUAUUAAAAAACAAAUUAUUACAUGUAAUAGCUUUACUGAAAUACUAAAUUUCUCUUUCUUUCUUUAUAUAUAUAUAUAUAUAUAUAUAUAUAUAUAUAUAUAUAUAUAUAUAUAGAUAUAUAUAUAUAUAUAUAGAUAUAUAUC